CGGAUAGGGGCAGAUGGGCAGACGGACAUCCCAUCGAGCGUGCGUCAUGGGCGAUACGCGGAGCGGGCACGACCGGAUCCAUCGCGAGUUGCGCUGGCGAGCCAGUCAGCUCGGGCGGCGGUACAAAUGCCCCAUCGCCCGCUCUUCUCGUCGCUGCGGCCUUCAGUCUCUGCUCUCUCUCGUUGGUCGUCUUGCCUCCCUGCGACUCUCGAGGCUCAUCCUAUCAAGCAUCUUCGCACCUGUUCACCGUCAACCCAAUCAUCGCGUUGGAUUGAUCCUAUCCUAUCCUAUCCUUCAAUCAUCAAUCGCAUACUCUGUUGGUUUGCUCACCGUCGCAGCAAAUCAUCGACCUACUCGACCAGGCCCUGCACAGCUGAGAGAAGGACAGAAAAAAAGAGGGAAAGAAGCACAGUCAAUCGUACGCGCGCAACCUGGUUGUUGAACGAUCGCCAAAAAGAAAAGAAGAAAAGAAUCCGUUGUCAGCCCAGAUCAUCACUGGUGCGCCGUCGCGCGUUCCCUUCGACUCAAUCGCAUCUCUGUCGCCGCCGCGUGAGACGGCGUCAUCGUACACUUCGUUGCGAAGCUCCCUUCUGCAGUGCGUUGUCGCUGCCUAUCAGCUGGCCCCGAUCCCGCUGCCCCUCGCGAAGAGGCACGAACGGUCGCACAGGAAAAAAGAAAGGAACCUUGCGCGCGCGUCUGUGGUAUAAGAAUUGGACGUUUUGGUAGGGUACGCUGGAUGCGCGAAGCUGAUCGACAAGAACUGCCGUCGCAAG